CUUCGGACACGAACUCGACAGUCAGUGGCUCGCCGGAGCGCAAUCAAAUUGCACGUGUACGCGAACUUCGGGCGGUGAAAGCCAAGAUCGAUUGGUGGCCAAUCUCUUUGUGAUACCGCGCGUGCCCGCAGUAGUAAAAGACUUGUGGUAAAACACAAAACUGAAUCAAUUUCUGCGCAGGGGCAGCCGGAAUUAUGCCUCGCCAGCUUUGCCGUCGUCUUGCUGUGCACUGAAAUCGAAAUCGAGUCCAAUGACCAGCUCUCGAGCUGGUGCCCAAGAAAGAGUUUGCACUUUGAGACAGUUGAGUCGCCGGUCAACGAGCAGGCCUUGACCCAAAGCCCAGAAGAGAUCAGAGAUUCCGCUAAACACAACCCGGUUAUAUAAUAGCUCUUGUAACUGCAGUUGAAAUUAAAAGUAGCGUGAAUUUGCAAAACAUAAAAGCCGAAAAAGGAAAAGCAUGUGGUUACAGUGUGUGAGGAAACCAAUACGUGCAGACUUUUGGCUGCAGCUGCUCUGCAUGAGUUUUUCACUCGUUCGCCUGGAAUUCGCCGCUGCUCAAAAUGCGGGAGUGGUGGCAGCGGCCGUGGCGGCUGGCCAAAACCAAACCCAGGUCUAUGUGACGGAUUCUUGCCUGCAAAAGCCGUACCGCUGUCCUCAUCCGAAGAUCCAGUUCUAUCUGUACACGAGACGCACCCAGGAGCAGCCGGAGUUCAUUGAUGUCCUGGAUCCGAACGCCCUGUACUACACCCACUUCAAUCCACGCCAUCCCACCAAGAUCAUAAUCCAUGGCUUCGGGGGCGGCAGAACUCUGAGUCCCAGUCCGGAUCUGCGGGAGGCCUACUUCAGUGUGGGCGAGUACAACAUCAUCAUAGUGGACUACGCGGAUGCCGUUAAGGAACCCUGUCUGAGUCAGAUGGACUGGGCUCCUCGGUUCGGCAGCCUGUGUAUCUCCCAGCUGGUCAAAUACCUCGCCCGACAUCCUCGUGGCGUCCAGCCGGACGACCUGCACUUUAUUGGAUACAGUGUGGGUGCCCACAUCGCCGGUCUGGUGGCCAACUAUUUGAAGCCGGAGGAGGGCAAGCUGGGCAGGAUCACCGCCCUGGAUCCAACGAUAUUCUUCUAUGCCGGGGCCAACAACUCCAGGGAUCUGGAUACAACGGACGCCCACUUUGUGGAUGUCCUGCACACCGGAGCUGGCAUCCUGGGGCAGUGGCACUCCAGUGGUCAUGCGGACUUCUAUGUGAACGGAGGCACCAGGCAACCAGCUUGUGUGGGAUCGGCAACCCUGUUUCAAACGUUGGCUUGUGAUCACACAAAAGUCACGCCGUACUUUAUUGAAUCCAUAACGACAGCACGGGGAUUCUAUGCGGGUCCUUGUCCCAACUUGUUCUCCUACCUAAUUGGUUGGUGCGAGCCCAAGGACUCGGAGUAUGUGCUAAUGGGCGAACACUGUUCACACAAAGCACGAGGAAACUAUUAUGUGACCACCAAUGCCAAGGCGCCGUUUGCUCGCGGAUUUCCGGGAAAAGGACGAUCCAAUGGGGAGUACCAGGGAGUACGGAGAUAAUGCUGUUCGACAUGGCGAAUCGUAAAAUGUGUAUUUGAAUCGAUUGGAAAAGCGCCUCAAUUUAUGCAUCUUUUGCACCGUAGCACUCAUGUGAUUUUAGCUUGUUUCCUAACUGAUACCUAUUUAUUUCAUAUUUUUGUUAUUAGUUCUAAAAGCAGCCAUUUUUCGUUGGGACUUAUACAAAAAAAUAGUUAAGUCUUAUGCCGAAAGUUGAUGUGGAAUAAAAAACUAAUUUGUUUGGCAUAAUUUUAACAUGUUCGUUUUAUUGAAUUCCAAAUACAUUUCAUUAGGCUUAAUUUUGUUGUGGUUUAAUGACCUUCAUUAUGGUAUUCAUUAGUAUUCUCAUGCAAGGACAUUAUAUCUUUUCUUUUGGUAACGAAAUUCAAGUGUUAUUGGUGAAGAUUGGUAGAUUUAUUCUGUUUUUAAAUGAAUAGGGGUUUUAACUCUUCUUUAUUCGGUUAUGCUUUUAAAUAUUUGUUUUGUUUUUUUUAAUGACCAUACACUGAAAUAUAUAAGUAUUAUUUUAAUUUGGUUUAGCUACCAUACAAAUUAAACAACAUGGGCGGGUGUUGCCAGAAAAGGGAUCUCCGAUUGCGUUUAAUAUUCAUAAUUUUGAUUCAAUAUUUUAUAUUGUGUAUACAGAACUCUCAGUGAACACAAAGAAUAUUUUGUUACUAAUUAUAUACACGGUUUAAGUAUAGCGGUAAUAUCAUUCUACAUCUUUUAAAUAUUCAGAAGACUCUGUGGAGGCGAUUCGGCAACUCCUUUGUCAUUUGAUUAAUGAUUAGAAGAUAGUUAUGAUUUAUUUUAAUAGCAUAUAUCUGGUAUUGUGCGCCUAUAUUUCUGUAU